GCCGCGGGCCCGAGCGGCGGGCGGGCCGUGGUGGACCCAGCCUGCGGCCUGGGCACGCUGUUGCUGGCGGCCGCGCGCGCCUGGAAGGGCGAGCCGCCUCGGCUGGUGGGCCGAGACAUCUCGACGAGGGGAAGGUCGCGCGGUGCGCGGCCAACUUCGCCGCCUGCGGGGCCGACGCCUCCGAGGUGCAGCACGGGGACUCGAGGGUCGCGGGCCUGGCCCCGCCUCCGGUCGUCCACGCUCGGCGACGGCGAGGCGGAGGCCGUGCUCUGCGACCUGCCGUGCGGCGACGCCCACCGGCGGGGCGCCGACCAGGCCUCCUACGGCGGGUUCCUGCGGGAGGCCGGCCGGGUGCUGCGGCCCGGGGGGCGGUGCGUGCUCCUCUCGACGAGGCGGGACCUGCUGGAGGCCGCGGUGGCCGAGGGGCCGUGGCAGCGGCUGGUUGCGUGGCGGGUGGCCCGCGACGAGCGGAACGCUCCGCAGGCGUGGCUGCUGGCGCUGGAGCGGCUCUGA